AUGAUCAAUAUACCCAGUACCCUCCUGACGGCCCCGCCCGGCUUCUCACUCUUUGUCGCCAUCGCCUUUCUGUCAGUGGUCGCCGUCGUCGCGUGGGAAGUGAUUAGUAUCCGUGGCCCGCGCACGCCCAAGGGACUCAGAAGACCACCACAGCCGCCGGGCGCGACUUUGCUCGGUGGCCAUGCUCAUCUCUGGGGUGCCCAAGUGGGCAACAACCCCAGUCAGAAUCCUCUCGUCAAGUGGGCCAGAGAGCAUGGCGAGAUCUACGAGAUCAGAACCGGUGUCGAGCGCUGGGUGAUUGUGAGCUCGCCGGAAGCCGUCAAGGAAAUAUUCGACAAGAAUGGCUCCGUGACUGGAAGUCGACCGGCGCUCCGAGUUCUGAACCUGCUCUCUGGUGGCUACCGGAUGCUGCUCAUGCCAUAUGGCAAACAGUGGCGCAAUAUUCGAGCCAUCGCGCACCGCUGCCUGAGCAUCAAGUCGGCCGACGCCAUGAAGCCGUCUUCCAGUCUCGAGUCACAUAGGUACCUGCUCGACGUCCUCCAGGACCCGGACAACUUCCUCAGCCAUGUCAAAAGGUACACGUCGAGUGUCAUCAUGUUUUCCAUCUACGGCCGACGCGUUCUCGAUCUCAAUGACCCUGUGCUGGGCGCCAUCUACGAUGAGCUCAGCCACUUCUCCGAGGCCGCGGGCCAGAUCCACAACGUCGACAAGUAUCCUGUGCUAGAGUACCUGCCGAGGGCUCUGCAGUGGUGGCGUCCAAAGUGGGAAGCGUACCACCAGAAGGAGGUCGAGCUCUGGAUGGGUCUGUGGAACGAUCUCAAAAAGCAGCUGAACGCCGGCGUUCGCACGGGCUGUUUCGCCGAAAAGUUCCAGGAAGAAGAUUACCUCGCUAUGGGCAUCUCUGAAGUCCAGGCCGCCUAUGUGGCGGGAAGCAUGAUUGAAGCAGGAAGUGACACAACGCAGUUGUCCAUGAACAGUAUGAUCCUGGCGAUGGUGGCCUAUCCGGAAGUUGUUCCCAAGGCACAGAAAGAACUCGACGCCGUAGUGGGAAAUCGUCUUCCCCAGUUUGAGGAUAUGUCGAAUCUGCCGUACAUUCGAGCAAUGGUCAAAGAAGUCCUCCGCUGGCGGAGUGUCAGUAACGACCACGUCCGUCACGUCACUUCGGGCGAUCUUGUUUACAAGGACUAUUUCAUUCCCAAAGGUACCUCGGUAGUCAUCAAUCACUGGGCUCUGCACUUCGAUCCAGAACUCUUCCCGGACCCGGAACGAUUUAACCCUGAUCGAUUCUACAACAGUCCAGUCAACGGCCUCACGGCAGGAGAAUGCAUCCACACCAACGACGUCAAGCUUCGAGAUCAUUGGUCUUUCGGCGCCGGACGACGCGUGUGCGCAGGCUACAAUCUGGCGGAAAAUUCGCUUCUCAUCUUGACGGCAAGGCUGCUAUGGGCGUUCGACGUCCUUCCUGCCGUGGACAAGGUUACCGGUCAGCCGGUCCAGUACGAUGUGUGGAAUUAUACCCCGACGAGGUUGUUUGGGCCGAAACCCUUUCCGGUUGCUUUCAGGGUUCGAAGCGAGGAGAAGGAGAAGAUCAUUCUUGCCGCGAGGGGCUAG